AGAUAAGAUGUCUCUUUUGUCUUCUCUCUCUCUUCCUCUUCUACAACUAACUAAGAAGUUAGCAUAACUCUUACUCUUUCUUUUCCCUUCUUCAGACUCGUAUAUAUCCACCUUUCUCUUCUUUUCCAUCGUCAACAUCUGCCUUCAAUUGUUAACAUUCGUUAAUUAUGGGUACAAGAGCUCGAAGGAAGCAGCAGCAAAGAUGGUGCACACAAACUCUUACGCCAUUGUUGGAAGGUCCUGAUCCUGAAAUGCAAGAAGAAGCUAACAAGAAAGAGAGCUCUUGGGAAAUUAUUCGCGAAUGGUUUCGCAUGCAGAAAGGCAUUUCAUCAGCCAACAACAACAAUAAUAAUAAUGUUGGUUCUAUGUCAUUAGAUAAUACAAAUAUUCCUCCUAAACUCCAAGAUUUAAGGCUUUUGCUCGGCGUCUUGGGUUGUCCUUUAGCUCCUAUUCCUCUUGUGAAUCACCCAACUCAUCACAUUCAUAUCAAGGACAUCCCCAUAGAAACUUCGAGUGCACAUUACAUCAUACAGCAAUAUUUGGCAGCAACGGGAUGCUUAAAGCAACAAAAAAGUGCAAAAAACAUGUAUGCAACAGGAACAGUGAAGAUGAUUUGUUGUGGAACAGAGAUUUCUUCAGGAAAAAAUGUGAAAAGCUUGGGAACAAGAAGUGGAGAAAGUGGGUGCUUCGUUCUUUGGCAAAUGUUACCAGGCAUGUGGUCUCUUGAGUUAGUCGUAGGAGGCAACAAAGUCAUCGCCGGUAGCGACGCCAAAACUGUCUGGCGACACACCUCUUGGCUUGGCACUCAUGCAGCCAAAGGCCCCCAACGCCCCCUACGUCGCAUAAUCCAGGGGCUGGAUCCAAAGACCACAGCUAGCUUAUUUGCAAAAGCACAAUGCAUGGGGGAGAAAAGAAUAGGAGAUGAUGAAUGUUUUGUAUUGAAAGUGGCAGCAGAUCGUGAAGCCGUUGUAGAAAGAAAUGAAGGACCAGCGGAGGUGAUUAGGCAUGUCUUAUAUGGAUAUUUUUGCCAAAAGAGUGGCUUGUUAAUAUACCUUGAAGACUCCCAUCUCACUAGAGUUCACACUCCUAACAACAACGGCGACACUGUCUACUGGGAGACCACAAUUGGCAGUAGCAUUGGCAGUUAUCGAGACGUCGACGGUGUACUGAUGGCCCAUCAAGGGCGGUCUAUCGCGACGGUGUUCAGAUUCGGAGAGUUGUCGAUGCAACAUUAUAGAACAAGAAUGGAGGAAAUUUGGAGAAUUGAUGAUAUUGUGUUCAAUGUGCCAGGGCUUUCUAUGGACCAUUUCAUACCACCUGCUGAUAUCCUUGAAAAUGAAAAUUCCCCAUGAUUAUUGAUUAACUUUAUAUUGUAAUUAACAUUAAUUAACUUGUAAUAUUUUGGUUUUUUGGGUUCUAAUUUCAAAUUUAUUGGAGGGUUUAUGGUGUAUUGACAUGUUUCUAGUGUAAUAAGUAAUUGGUUUAAAAUUAGAUGUAUUGUGUUUGAUUUGAACUCCAACCUGUCGGGCUAGUAAUAUCUUGACUCAAGCUCCUGCUCCAGACAUAAAUGGACAGUGAAAGCUCAAGUCAAUAAAUUUCUUUUUAAACCUCUUAA